AUGGCCACGCCUCAAGUUAUCCCUACAAAGCCCCAGAAGACGCCUUUGGGCGCUCCUCUGCCGGAAGUCAAGCCUGCACCCCGGCCCAAGCUCGACGCGGAGCAGGAGGCCAAGUUCAAGUCGCUCCUUGAGAAGGCGCGCGCCUUCACCGAGGUCACCUGCCCCAAGGAGACCUCCAAGUCCGGCCCCAUCCGCGAGACUGAGCGCAUGUGGCUCACAAAGGAAUGCCUCCUGCGCUACCUCCGCGCCACGCGUUGGUCCGUCGCUGAUGCGGCCAAACGGCUCCUGGCCACCAUUGCCUGGCGUCGCGAGUAUGGGCUGGAGGAGUUCACGCCCGACUACAUCUCUCCUGAGCAGGAGACAGGAAAACAGAUGAUUGUCGGCUUCGACAAGCAGGGCCGCCCGUGUCAGUACCUGAACCCUUGGCGGCAAAACACGGAUGCUUCGCCCAGGCAGAUCCACCACCUGUUCUACAUGGUGGAGAGGGUGACGGAUAUGAUGCCCCCGGGCGUCGAAGCGCUGAGCCUGUUGAUCAACUUCAAGACCACCAAACAGAGGUCGAAUACCAGUGUGCCUGUCUCGACGGCUAGGGAGGUGCUGCACAUUCUCCAGAAUCACUACCCUGAGCGGCUGGGCAAGGCCCUCAUCAUCAACGUGCCCUGGGUCGUCUGGGGCUUCUUCAAGAUCAUCACACCGUUCAUUGACCCCAUCACCCGCGAGAAGCUAAAGUUCAACGAGGACAUGAAGGCCUACGUCCCUGCUGAGCAUCUCUGGAGCGAGGAUUGGGCUGGGAACAUGGACUUUGAGUACGACCAUGACACGUACUGGCCUGCGCUUAACGAGAUGUGCAAGCAGCGCCGCGAGGAAAAGCAGAGACGCUGGGAGGCUGGCGGCAAAAUCAUCGGCGAGAGCGAGGACUACCUGACUGGCGGCACCAACGUCAGCGCCGAGGGCGUUGGGUACUCUAUGGAGGCCGGCAAGCAGGUUGAGGAUGUCGACGCCGUCGGCGAGAAGCUGGCCACGGUAACCCUGCAAGAUUCCGAGGCCAAGGUCGAGGCUGCUUCUUGA